AUGCCAAAAAUGGCAAGAAACAGUUUCACCACUUCACUUCUUCUCACUCUCACCAUCUUCAUCUCUUCUUCACACCAACCUCUAGCAUUGAAGCACAAACCACAAUUCUUCGGCAAAUUCGCAUCUUCAACCAACAACCACUCUCACUCACAUCAACAAUCUAAUUUCCACUACGAAACCAGAUUCUUCCAACAACAACUCGACCACUUCUCCUUCUCUAAAUCCCCCAAAUUUCCUCAACGCUACCUCAUCAACACCGAUAAUUGGGUCGCCGGAUCAGGUCCCAUUUUCCUCUACUGCGGUAAUGAAGGUGACAUUGUUUGGUUCGCUCAGAAUACUGGAUUUGUAUGGGAAAUCGCGCCUCAGUUUGGAGCUAUGGUUGUUUUUCCUGAACAUCGGUAUUAUGGUGAGUCUGUUCCUUUUGGAAGUAAAGAAGCAGCGUAUAAGAAUGCUUCCAUGUUAGGGUUUCUUAAUGCUGAGCAAGCUAUAGCUGAUUUCGCUGUUCUUAUUACUGAUCUGAAGCAUAAUCUGUCUGCCGAUGGUUGUCCGGUUGUUUUGUUUGGAGGAUCCUACGGUGGAAUGUUAGCAGCAUGGAUGAGACUCAAGUAUCCUCAUAUUGCUAUUGGAGCACUAGCAUCUUCAGCUCCAAUUCUUCAGUUUGAAGACAUUGUGCCACUAGAAACUUUCUAUGACAUUGUUUCCAAUGGUUUUAAGCGCGAAAGUUCCACUUGCUUUAACUAUAUAAAACAGUCAUGGGAUGAAAUAGAAUCUAAGGGUCAAACAAGUGAUGGCCUUGAUUUUCUGACCAAAACAUUCAACUUUUGUCAGAAAUUGAAGAGCACUGGAGAUUUAUUUGGUUGGUUGGAGUCUGCAUAUAGUUAUUUGGCAAUGGUUAACUACCCUUACCCUUCUGAGUUUAUGAUGCCUUUGCCUGGACACCCUAUCAAGGAGGUUUGCAGAAGGAUAGAUGGAGGCCCAGCUGGGACUAGUAUUCUGGAACGCAUAUAUGAAGGAGUGAAUGUCUACUACAAUUAUACUGGAGAAGCUAAGUGUUUUGAACUGGAUGAUGAUCCUCAUGGCCUGGGUGGUUGGGAGUGGCAGGCAUGUACUGAAAUGGUUAUGCCAAUGUCUUGUAGCAAAGAGUCCAGCAUGUAUCCACCAUAUGAGUAUAAUUACUCUGCUUUCGAGGAGGAUUGCUUCAAGAAAUUUGGAGUGAAGCCAAGGCCACAUUGGAUUACUACAGAAUUUGGAGGGCAUAAUAUCCAUAAAGUUUUGAAGAAUUUUGGAAGCAAUAUAAUUUUCUCAAAUGGCCUCUUGGAUCCAUGGAGUGGGGGCAGUGUUUUGCAGGAUAUUUCAGAAAGUAUUGUUUCUCUGGUCACCAAAGAAGGUGCACACCACAUAGAUUUACGUGCUUCAACUAAAAAUGAUCCUGAUUGGUUGGUUAAUCAAAGGGCCGCCGAGAUCAAACUAAUACAAGGGUGGAUCAGUGAAUAUUACCAGGACAGUCAAGCUGUUUAUGAAGUUAAAAUCCCAUCCUUACUAAGCAAAAUCUCAUCUUCACUAAGCAAAAUAUAG